AUGUCUGAGGAUUAUCGUCGCAACAAUCCAUCAGAUGCUAUCAUUGAGCAAAUGGUCCUAAUUGAUAUUAGAAAUAUGCUGCAAUCAAUGGGGAAGGAUAUAAAAUCAUUCCCUCUUCCUGAGAUUGAUAACACUUACGAUGAUGCUUGUGGUGUUCCACGGGAGAUAUUCGAGGAAUCAAAUAUAGGGAGCACCGAGGAUGACGUGGCCUUAUUAGAAUCCCUUAACAAUGAACAGAGGGCUGCUUAUGAUGAGAUCUUGUCAUCUAUUGAUUCCAAUGAUGGCGGUUUGUUUUUUUUGGAUGGCCCUGGUGGCACCGGAAAAACAUUCUUGUAUAGGGCUUUGCUUGCCAAAGUCCACAGUCAGAACAAGAUUGCUGUUGUGACUGCUACGUCUGGGGUUGCUGCAUCCAUAAUGCCCGGUGGGAGAACAACACAUUCACGUUUCAAGAUUCCACUUACAAUUGAUAGUGAUGGAUAUUGUAGUUUCACUAAACAAAGUGGUACAGUGACUCUGCUACGCACUGCUUCUUUGAUUGUUUGGGAUGAGGUUUCUAUGAUCAAGAAACAAGCAGUGGAGGUGUUGGACAAUAGCAUGCGUGAUAUAAUGGAUAGGCCAGAUUUGCCUUUUGGUGGGAAGACUGUUGUGUUUGGGGGAGACUUUAGGCAGGUCCUACCGGUUGUCAGAAAGGGGUUGAGGGCUCAGAUAGUGGAUGCUUCGUUACACAGGUCAUACCUGUGGGAUUAUAUGCGACACCUAAAGCUUGUGCGCAACAUGAGAGCGCACAGUGACCCAUGGUUUGCUGAAUAUCUUUUGCGCAUUGGCAACGGAAUAGAGGAGGCCAAUGCUGAUGGUGAAAUCCGUCUCCCAGACGAAAUUUGCAUGCCAUAUACCGGAGAUGGCAAUGAUCUUGAUAGAUUAAUCCAAUGCAUCUUCCCUAACCUUAAUGAGAACAUGGCAGACACGGACUACAUCACUUCUAGAGCUAUUUUGUCCACACGCAAUGAUUGGGUUGAUAGGAUUAAUAUGAAGAUGAUUGGAUCUUUCCAAGGUGGGGAGGUGGAGUAUCAUAGUUUUGAUUCUGCUAUAGAUGAUCCACACAACUAUUAUCCAUCAUAG